AUGGGGGUGAGUCAGGCCAUCCCUCAUGCGGUAGUGAGCGAGUACUUUACCACGUACUGCAGUGCGUGUAAGUAUCGUGUGUGCACCUCUACACACAUUGGGGCUUUGAUUCGUCAGGUAUUUCCUGACCUAAGGGUGGGCUGGGUCGGCGAAGCGUACUGCUUCUUUGGAUUAGAG